UGUCACUUAGGUGGUCGGUUCGCCUGGCCAAGAGUGGCCAAGAGUAGAUGAGCAGAGCAGGAUUUAUAUUUCACGCAGCGUUUUCUUGUUUAUAAUCUAAUUUCUAGUACAAAAAAGUAGCAAAAUUAUUGUGAACAUGGACGACAAACUUCGGCAGAUGGAAGAUGAAAUGAACAGGUUUGAGGCUGAAAUCGGGGGGCAGCUUGUUACCUCUGUAGUCAGACCUGUCAUAGGAGUAAACACAUACAGCCAAGUAGCCAGGCAACUCGAACAGCAUGAAAUACCAACUCCAGUGGUAGCAGCAGCUGCGGCUUCGUUGGCAUUCUCUCCUAUGAUUGGCUUUCCACCUCCGCCACCACCACCACCGCCAAUGCUAAUACCCCCACAAGUUGCAAGACAAUCAGCUAUCUCAAUGUCGACGUAUUCAUCACCUGCUCAAAUAAGCAACUCGUUCUUACCGAACACAUCGGAUAAUAGCUUGAGUGCUACACCAAAAACAUAUGAGCCAACUUCAGCACCGAUCAUCCGUCAGGAAAUUAUAGAGCAAAUAAUUAAUACUAAAAUUCCUGAGGACGAGGGAAAAAAGAAAGUUAAAGCUAAAGGUGUCAGUACAGCAGCUGAGUUAGCAAUCAGUCAAGGAAAAGCUAGCUCGAUUAUGGCCAAUGCUAGUGCUGAGGAAACGCAUCCUAAAGGCAAAGGAAAAAAGAACAAAAAAAUCAUACGAAUGGCUGGUGGGCAAACAUGGGAAGACACAUCACUCUUGGAAUGGGACGAAGAUGACUUUAGAAUAUUUUGUGGUGAUCUGGGAAAUGAUGUUACUGACGAAAUGUUAGUCAGAGUAUUCAGCAAGUACCCAAGUUUCCAGAAGGCAAAAGUGGUGAGGGACAAAAGAACGAAUAAAACCAAAGGUUUUGGUUUUGUUUCAUUCAAGGAUCCACAAGACUUCAUCAGGGCCAUGAAAGAGAUGAACGGACGGUACGUCGGCUCGCGGCCCAUCAAGUUGCGGAAAAGCUCAUGGAAGCAGAGGAAUUUGGACAGCGUUCGAAAGAAGGAAAAGGAAAAGCAGGCUCUGAUCGGAUUACUCACCGGCAGGUGAUGCGGACGGUGUCGAUAUCGCCGUUUACCUACGUCAACUUCUUGCGAAACACCGGACCGACCUUGUCGACCAUCUUCAAGUCGAAAUCCUUGGUCUUUUAUCUGUGUAUAAUAUUUGCAACACGCGUCGCGUUGUAUGCAAUAUUUAGGAUACAGUUUUAGCCAAAAGAGAAACGCAUCUCUGGCUGACGAGUACUGUUUAUGUAAUUUGUAUGUUAAACGGGCCACUUUCGGUGCCACAGAUGUCACUACCCUAAUUUCGAUGAGGAAAAAAUGCGUACCGCUUGUUACUUGCAGAUACGUUCAAUACGUUUUGUUGUGUAAUUUUCUACGUGUGUAUGGCGAUUGGAUACUGAAAGUUGUUGUAACAAUAAAAUGUACGUGAGACUUUGUAUAUAUAUAU